AUAGGUGGAGAGAGAAAAUUUACCGGUCUUCAUUUUGGGAUGGCAGACACAAAGGUUUCAGUAGAAAAGCACUUGGAAGGGCUACCCAGAAAGCGUGGGAAGGCAGUGACUACAGUUGUAUCAUUACAUUUUCUAAUCCGAGGUUAGCAUUACGGCAUAUAGACUGUUACAGGGGAGGAGGACUUUUGCUCUGGAGCGUCUUACUCAAUAGCAGAAGUAAGUCUAGAAUGUUUGUGCUGUCUUAUCAUAACCCCCACUGUAGCUUUGCUGUGGUAAGGAGGGUUCUCACAGGUUAAGUUGUUAACUUCCUGGAGUGUGCAUUCUUCAGAUUUGCUAGGGUCAGUAAAUUAGUAACUUCUUUUCAGGCUUCUAGAAAUUCUUCAGAAUAUGUUUUUCUUAACUACCUGCUAACAUACUAUCAGAUUUUACACAUUAGUUACAAUGACCUUUGAAGUUCAAGCAAGCAUGAUAGUCUUUAGGACCAUAAUUUUUUUUUUUUUUUGAAUCAAAGGUCAGGUAUUUUCAGGUAAACCGAUUUUACAAGUCAGAAAGCCUUUCUUUGAACUUUAUAGUCGUUGGUUGUAGCCAUGACUCUAAGAAAGAUCUUUCGUAAGGGAAAGUCACUUAAAGGAAUCUUAUGAGGAAACAUUUCACCUUGGCCUGCUUGAUGCCCCCUUGGAGGCCUUCUGUCGCCUGGCUUGUUCUCAUUAAGCCCUCCACUGGAGGAGGUUGUGCCGGAUGGGAGAGAAGAUGAAAGGGAAAUGAAUUGUUAGCGUCCCUGGAGAACGAUGAGGUGGAAGAAGCUGAAGCUACUUCUGGGUUGUGUUUAUUGUAUCCACCCCUGAGAUGUUCUUGGCAGGCAUCAGUUCAGAGUCCGGCUGUUGGAUAGGCUAGAAUCUUGCCCCUCUUGUCUCUCUAGUUGCGUCUCUGUUUAUGUUUACAAGGAACACAUACCAAUUUUAAAUCAAUCAAGACUACUCCCAUUUUGACUUUAUUGGUGAUCAAUUUAGUACAAUAUUUUAAAUAGAUUUUGCUAGCUUAUAUUGGAAGUGACUAGUAUUUUAUUUUGAUGUAUUUUAUGUAUAACUAUAAGGUCUUGAAGUGCUUUUUAAGAAACCUGGGCUUGUCCAGGAGGUAGUGGCACAUGCCUUUAAUUCCAGCAUUCCAGGAGGCAGAGGCAGAUAAAUCUCUGAGUUCUGAGUUCAAGGUUAGCUUGGUCUACAGAGCGAGUUUCAGGACAGUUAAGGCUAUACAGAGAAACCCUGUCCCCUUUUCCCCACUCCCCCGCCCCCCAAAAAAAGAAGAAAGGAAGGAAUCUGGGCUUGGAUCAUGGAGCUAACUCCUUAGUAAAGAUGUACGUCAUUGCCUGUGCAUCCCACUAGCCCCCAGCCAUAUAUAUUCACAUACAUAUACACAUUCCCAUGACUGCUGUCCUAGAUUAGUAAGCUUGAGCUUUGUUAUAUGUGUGUAGCCAGACCUUGGCUUUUGCUGUAGAAGAGAUUCAGAAACAUCUAACUUUUUUGAUUGUUUGUGUGGAUGAUUGCAUAAGACGUUACCGUGUUUUGAUUUAGGCAUGAAGACAUAAAUGUGAAAGGUUAGUACUGGCAUAAGAGCUGUCUGAUUUUUUUUUCCUUGUGUUUUGGGCUUCCAUUCUUCAUUAGUCAUUUGAAUGUUCAUGAACUAGGAUUCUUUCUGUCGCUUAAGAUGGAACAGCAGCCAUUAUUGGCGCUAAUGAGUAGGUUACUGCCAUUUUUAUUUAGUGGUAGGAAUUUUUACGGGCUCAUUAUGACUAGCCUGAGUUUUUGUUAAAUUGUAAAUAAAGUGGUAGGUGGAUAGGAUUAAUAGUUGGUUAUGGGAAGUCUUAAAUGGAUGCUUUUCAAUUGUUUGGUUUUUGGAUUCUGUUCUUUGAAUUUCUACUUCAAGAGGGCGCUUUUGUAAAAAUCUAGACUAGGAGUCAGCAAACACAAGUUAUUGUUCAGGUACUCCCCAGAUGUGGGGCUGUGAGCAAGUCUUGUGGUCUAUCCUGCCUCUUUAUUUUAUAACUCUAUACAUGCAUGCGUGCGUGCGUGCGUGCGUGCGUGCGUGCGUGUGUGUGUGUGUGUGUGUGUGUGUGUGCGCUUACAAGCAGAAAGGCUGUUCCAUCCCUGCCUAUUUAAAUUGUUGCUCGAUUCUAGAGUCUCUUCUCAGGCUAGGCACUUUUUCUUUUAGCAUUUCACUUUUCAGGCUCUUUGCCAAAGCCCUCCGUUUUCUCCCUGGGAGUCUAGAUCUCUUCCUCCUGAGAGCGCCUCCUGUCUGCCCUGUUCUGUAGCUCUUUGGAGUUAUACUGUGGACUUGGGCUGUUGCCUGUUGCCUUCCUUUGUAGACUGAAAGCUCCACGAGGGUCAGGUUAUGCUUCCUUAUUCCUGUGUAUCUAGAUUUUACCUGGGCUCCCUUGCCCCGUGAUAGUGGGUGGACCUUACAUACAUCUUGGCUGACUGACUAUUGAGGCAGUUGGGAAAGAAGACGCCGAGUCUUGGGAAGUGCCUUUAAUUCACUCCAUUGUUGAUGUGGUGUUAUCUAUAACUGAACCCACACCUGGGUAAGGCCCAUUUCUUCCGUUUCUAUCAUUUGGGGUUUGUGGAGUAAGUCAGAGGGAUGAAAAGGUAUCCCAGUGGCUUUCCAUUGGUUCUGUCUCACCAUAGUACUCAGGCCCGUCCAUCCGCCUGCAGCCAGCUGCCUGGAGUGGAGAAAGGCAGCCGCCGACUGAAGGCUUCUCCCGGCCACAUUUUCGCUCGUUUGCUUUGAAGAAUUUGUAAAGAGUUCCCUGGCUCCUGAGCUCUGAGGACGCAGUGCUGGAGCAGAUGGAUAAUGGGGACUGGGGCUAUAUGAUGAGUGACCCAGUCACAUUAAAUGUAGGUGGACACUUGUACACGACAUCGCUUACCACGUUGACACGCUACCCGGAUUCUAUGCUUGGAGCUAUGUUUGGGGGUGACUUCCCCACAGCCCGAGACCCUCAAGGCAAUUACUUCAUUGAUCGAGACGGACCGCUCUUCCGCUAUGUCCUUAACUUCCUACGGACUUCAGAACUGACACUCCCCCUGGACUUUAAGGAGUUUGAUCUGCUUCGGAAAGAGGCUGAUUUCUACCAGAUCGAACCCUUGAUUCAGUGUCUCAAUGACCCCAGGCCUCUGUAUCCUAUGGAUACUUUUGAAGAAGUCGUAGAGCUGUCUAGCACUCGGAAGCUUUCUAAAUAUUCCAAUCCGGUGGCCGUCAUCAUCACCCAGUUAACCAUCACCACAAAGGUCCACUCCUUACUCGAAGGCAUCUCAAACUAUUUCACCAAGUGGAAUAAGCACAUGAUGGACACCAGAGACUGCCAGGUCUCCUUCACCUUUGGACCGUGCGAUUACCACCAGGAAGUCUCUCUCCGGGUCCAUCUGAUGGAGUACAUCACGAAGCAAGGUUUCACGAUCCGCAAUACUCGGGUGCAUCACAUGAGCGAGCGGGCCAAUGAGAACACAGUAGAGCACAACUGGACUUUCUGUAGACUGGCCCGCAAGACGGACGACUGACUGCUGGCCAGCCCUCAGAGAACUUCCUGCAAGCUCACGUUUUGGGACAUGGAAGAGACUGUUGUUGGGUUUUAGUGUGGGCCCUCUUUUUUUUUUUAAUUUUUUGAUUCAGUCUUUGUAUUUAUUUGAAGGCAUUGAGGACCAGAAGGAAGUUUUGUGUGUGAGCAGUCUCCUCCCUGUUUUGUUCCCAAGUAUGCAUGUGCCUGUUCCGAGUCUCUAGAAACCUUUUUUAUAAAAAGAGAUCUGAAAAUCAUUAUGGUAUAUAAUCUACCCUUAACAGUGAUAAAAUGAUUUCUGAGAACGUGGUUCCUGACUCGACUGGAAGGCUAAAAACAGGAAUAAAAGAUUAAAGAGGGUAUUCAUGAUGUCUUUGAGAAAAAUCAGAAUAUCAUGUAGGGCGACCUAGUUUCCAGACCAGUAGGCAGUAUUGUGGUGUUAAAGGAAGACUGGCCCAGUCAUCUGAGGGUACUUGUUAAGGACUGCUUUCUACAGUUUUGACAACUGUUUCUUUCUAUGCAUAUAAAUCAAGCAACCAAAUAUCUGUAGCCAUGGAAAUGUCUGACUAGAAAUAUUUAUAUUGGAUUCUCAAUACAAAAUGUCCCUGUGGUAGAAACCUUAUGCCUGGUACAGUUUCAUUCCCAAGGUACUGUCUACCAGGAAAGAAAAAUCUAAUAAAAAAUGGAAUAUGAAUAUUAAAGGUUGUAUUUAUUGCUA